UGAUGUCAUCAGUAAAGCCAUAGAAGAAGACGACUCUACCCGGAGACAUGGGGGCUGUUACAGAUGACGAAAUCAUUCGACAGCGUCUUCUUAUCGACGGAGACGGAGCAGGAGACGACCGAAGAAUCAAUUUGCUGCUCAAAACUUUCACUAAAUGGUGCAACUCUCCUGGGACCCCGGAAGAAAGGCAUCUUCACACAGUAUCAGAGGAUGCUUGGCACAUUGACACAAUGUGAAUUCUCCCUGGGGAAGACCCUCAUGGUCUACGACAUGAAUCUGAGGGAAAUGGAGAAUUAUGAGAAAAUAUACUCAAAUAUAGAACAAAACAUAACAUCUGCACAUGAGAAGAUAGCAGAGUGUAAAAAAGAAAUCCAGAGAGCCAAGCGAGUAAGAAAGAAUCGACAAGAGUAUGAUGCUCUGGCGAAGGUAAUUCAGCAUCACCCUGAUCGCCACGAAACACUGAAACAGCUGGAGGCGCUUGACAAAGAACUCCAGCAGCUGUCAAACAUCAAGGAGAAUGUGGAUGCAAAGUUGGAACUACGGAAAAAGCAGUUCCAUGUGCUCCUCAGUACCAUACAGGAACUACAGCAGACCCUUGAAAAUGACGAGAAGUCCGACACUGAUGACAACAAUCAGCAGAGCCCGACAGAGAGUGCCGAAUGAGGUUGUUUCAUUUGGACUUUACAAAAUGAAACAGAUUUUCAAUUUCUGUGUUCCUUUUUUAUGUAUUUUUGAAUAAAUGUUAAAAUAACUCUCA